UUUGGAAAUUUCCCCAGCCUGUAAAUUUCUGCACAGAACUGAUGUUACAGUAGGCGGGAGCGAGGGUUUGAUGACUAAGACUCUACUCUGUAUAAAUACAACAUCUACAACCCCAACCAGCAGCACAGUUCAGACAGGCAGCAACAGGGACCAACUUCCAAAACACAGAAGACAUCACUGAAGUGGAAACUUUGCCGAUAUUAUGAGAUUUUUUUUCUUUUGACUUUGGUUCACACUUGAUUUUCUGUCUUUGAAGUUAGUUUUAGCAUUUUUGUUGCAUUUUGUGCCGCAGCAGAGCACGCCAUGAGGUGCUGUGCAUUAGUGGUGUGUUUACUUUUGGGAAUAGGCGUACAGAACGGAUGGAGCCGUCCUGUCAAGUCGGUCUUUGUCACCUUCCCAGGGAACAUCGUCAAAAAUGUGGCAGAUGUGGAGCUGGCACAAAGUUAUCUGAAAAAGUUUGGUUACAUAGAGACGGAGCAGCACGGUGACUUCCGGUCCAAGGUGUCCAUAGCAAAGUCUCUGAAGAUGAUGCAGAGACAGAUGGGUCUGAAGGAGACUGGAGAACUGGACAAGCUGACACUGGAGGCCAUGAAGCGACCUCGCUGUGGUGUUCCUGAUGUGGCCAAUUACAAAUUAUAUGCCGGGGAACCCAAAUGGGACCAUAACGAUAUUACAUACAGGAUCCUGAACUAUUCUCUUCAUAUAGACAGUAUUCUGACUGAUAAAGUCAUUGCAAGAGCCUUCAGGGUGUGGAGUGAUGUCACUCCUCUGACAUUUACCAGCCUUCUUCAAGGCGAUGCAGACAUCAUGAUCUCCUUUGAAACAGGUGAUCACGGGGAUCCAUACCCCUUUGAUGGUAAGGAUGGCCGUCUAGCUCACGCCUUUUCUCCUGGUGUGGGCAUUCAGGGGGACGCCCACUUUGACAAUGAUGAAUACUGGACUCUGGGAAAAGGACAAGUGGUGAAGACUUACUUUGGCAGUGAUGCAAACGCCAUAUGUCACUUCCCCUUCACUUACUUGGGGAAAUUAUACACCACCUGCAUCACUGAAGGCCGUUCCGACAACCUGCCCUGGUGUGCAACCACAGCCGACUACGACAAAGACAAGAAAUACGGCGUUUGCCAAAGUGAACUCUUGUUCACAUUUGACGGAAAUGCGGAUGGAGCCCCCUGUGUCUUCCCCUUCAUCUUCCUGGGUAGGAUGUAUAAGAGCUGCACCACCGACACCCGCAUUGACGGAAAACGCUGGUGUGCCACCACUAGCAACUUUGACACAGACAAGAAAUAUGGCAUCUGUCCCAAACGUGACACUGCUGUAACUGGAGGAACCUCGGAGGGAGAUGCUUGCCACUUUCCUUUUGUGUACCAGGGCAAGGAAUACCACUCAUGUACUAGUGAGGGGAGGACAGACGGCAAAUUGUGGUGUGCCACGACUGACAGCCAUGAUAGAGACCAGAAAUGGGGCUUCUGUCCCAAACGUGACUCUACCGUAAUUGGAGGAAACUCAGUGGGAGAUCCCUGCCACUUUCCUUUUGUAUAUAAGGGCAUGGCAUACUUCCAAUGUACGACUGCCGGGAGGACAGACUUCAAAUUGUGGUGUGCCACCACUGUCAACUAUGAUAAAGACCAGAAAUGGGGUUUCUGUCCUGACCUGGGUAUUAGCCUGUUCCUGGUGGCUGCCCACGAGUUUGGACACUCCCUAGGUUUGGAUCACUCCACCGUUAGACAAGCUCUCAUGUACCCCUUGUACAGCUAUGUGGAGGAUUUCUCCCUGGAUCAGGAUGACAUUGAUGGCAUUCAGUUCCUCUACGGAAAUAAAACAGGCCCUGAUUCUACUCUCAGCACGACAGAAGAACCGGACCCCACUGCUUCAUCUGUAGUGACAACGCCAUCCACUGUAGAUCCCACCAAAGACCCCUGCAAGAUCCACAAGUUUGAUGCCAUCACUGUGAUUCAGAGACAUCUGCAUUUCUUCAAAGAUGGGCAAUUCUGGAAGGUACCAAGCAAGGGAGACGGAGGUCGAAAGGGACCAUUUUCCAUUUCUCAGAGUUGGCCAGCUCUACCUGCUGUCAUUGACUCUGCCUUUGAGGAUGUUCAGACCAAGAAUAUAUACUUCUUUUCAGGAAGCAGGUUAUGGGUGAACACAGGAAGCAGUGUGCUAGGUCCCUACAGUAUUGAGAUGCUUGGUUUGCCCCCAAGUGUGCAUAAAGUGGAGGGAGCGCUACAGAGAGGGAAGAACAAAGUGUUUCUCUUUAGUGGAGAGGACAUCUGGAGGCGAGUAGAAAUUGCCCCCUUUUUUAGACAAAAUCUGUAAUUUAACCCAUCCUUAAACACAUUUUAUGUUAAAGGACCAACAGUAGAUCUCAUUCUA